AUGUUAAACUUAUUCGGAAUCCUAAAACCAGACCAAACUCAGAUACCAGUUGGUCUCCCAAUAUCUCUCAACGCUCAAAUUCUUCAACAAAGAUACUCCAGCUCAAUCCCUAAGCCUGUUCACCCUAUUCACGUUUUGGAAAAUCUGAAAAGACAAUACUGAAUGUGAAGUGGAGCCGUAUCAUGUCAUCCAAUGAAACCUCAAAGCACACCUCUAAAUAAUGACUGCGGAGCGCUAGAGGAUUUACCUCCUAAGGAUAUUAAAGAAUCAGAUAAGAAAAUGGAGAAAAAGUCAAGUCCUCUUUCAGAUUUCUCAGAUAUCAAGCAAACCAGCGUCAAAGAUUUUGAACACAUUACUUAUGACAAGGAGGACUCUAAAGGAACAGUUGUCACUAUUUUCGUCUGCAAAUUUCAAGAUUGAGAGAAGACGUUCACCAGGUCUUGGAACUUUCUUGACCAUGCUAGGACUCAUUUAGGAAUUAAGCCAUAUUCUUGCCCUCACUGCCCAAGAAGUUUCACACAGAAGGGAAAUCUCAAGAAGCAUAUGAAGCAGCACUCGGAGCCAACGCUAGAGAACAGAAAGAAAUUUGUCUGAACUCAUUGCUCUAGUCGCUACACUGAGAAAUAUAACCUGAAGGUUCAUAUUAAGAAAUAUCACCCAGAGAAAGCAAGCAAAAUCUAACUUUAAUUUCAUAUACAUAAAAUG